AUGGCUUCUACGGCUUCUUUCAAGGUUGUUUUCUGCUUCGCUGUUUGUUAUCUCGCAACCUUGAGCUCUGGAGUUGGCAUGAUAGAAGACCUCAAAGCCGCCGAUGAGAAUCUGAAUCUGAGGGAUGCCAUUGUCGUGAGAGCAGCCGUUCCACUGGACUUGAAAUAUCUGCCUCGCGAGAAUACUGUCAUCAUCACUGUCACGGAGACUGUCUGCGAAUUUUCAAGCACGAUCCCCUCAAAGCCUUCUACCACCAUUUCGAUUCCGGCAACUUCGACCGUGGCUACCACCACUUCGAUGUCAACGCCCCAGAGUACUGUUUCCACGUCAGCAUCUUUCACCACGUCGUCUGUAGAGCAGACGACUUCUCACCGUACCAGCUCGACCAGUAGCAGCAGUGUUUCUACUCCUGUGCCCAGCAGCAGUGGACCACCAUUCGCUCCUCCUCUGUCAGAUUCUGCCUCUGGUCAAGGGAAAAUACGCUUUGCCUUGCUGGCAUGGAGCUUGGUUAUGACGAGUUUCAUGAACGUCUAG